UGACAUUCUGCUGGCCAGGAGACCUUAGAGUCCAAGCUGGAACAAGUCACAUUCUAGUUCUGCCACUUGGUCUCGCUGAGUCUAUCCCCUCAACUGUAAAAAGGGGACAAUAAAUCUUACCCCCAGAGAGUUGUCAAAGUCACUCUGCUGGAGAGGGAGGAGGUACUCAGGGAGAUUGGCAGAGGGCAUGAGAUGAGGGUGGUGCUGUCCAUCUGUGAGCUGAUACUGAGAGAGGAGCAGUGCUCGGCACAGAUGCAACAAGAAGGGAGAGAAGUCCUGCUCUCUGCUCAGUGGCCAGAGGGAAGGGCUGACGCUUCGAUUUGGGCAGGAGGAUUGAAGUGACCAGGAAGGCAUGGCAUGACACCAGGUAGCAGAGGGAGACCUGAGAGGUAGGAUGGAGGCCAGGACCAAAUCCGCUCUGCCAGACCUAGAGCCAACUGAGAAGGCAGAGGAGGGACGCCCCCAGGGAGGCCCUAGGAGGGUGCUGUGUGGACAAAGCCAAGGUCGGGGACAGAGGGACUGUUCCAGGGCCUGGUGCUCCUUACUGCUAGAGGGCUGGCCACCCAAAGGGGGAUGGUCCUCAGUUGGUAAAGCAGAUUAAUUUCUACCAAACACCCACUGUUUGGUAGACAGUCAAAAUGGGAGGCUCUGUGGAGCAAAACAGUCAAAGUUCUGUAAAGAUUUAUUAGUAGCUUUUAGGAGUUUGGGUCCUGGGUGCUUCAAGAUAAAGCUAGACGUGGUUGUGAGUCAUCCCCAGGGCAGAGGGGAGACAGCUGGAUCUCAGGUGAUAUCAAAUCUUGGUCAGAGCUAGCACUCAAGAAUUCAGGUAUCUGUGUUCAGGUAUUAGGGAGCCAGGGUGGUGGCUUUGGUGAGGGGGUGUAGGGGCAGGGUACCUGUCCUGGAAAAAUGGACCCCAGAGUUAGAAUAAACGGUUUGGAUUUCCUCCAGCACUUGAGAGGGAAGGCUCUUGGCUCUCUGUGUUCUGGGUGCAGAGGACUGCUGUGGCUUUGCUGGGUCGUGGCUGGAGGUGAAAAGCUAGACCCUAAGUGCCCCCGCCAUGGGCAACGCGCAGGAGCGGCCGUCCGAGACCAUCGACCGCGAGCGGAAACGCCUGGUGGAGACGCUGCAGGCCGACUCCGGGCUGCUGCUGGACGCGCUGCUGGCGCGCGGGGUGCUCACCGGGCCCGAGUACGAGGCGCUGGACGCGCUGCCCGAUGCGGAGCGCAGGGUGCGCCGCCUGCUGGUGGUGGUGCAGGGCAAGGGCGAGGCCGCCUGCCAGGAGCUGCUGCGCUGCGCCCAGAGGACCGUGCGCGCGCCCGACCCGGCCUGGGACUGGCAGCACGUGGGCACCGGCUACCGAGAACGCAGCUACGACCCUCCUUGCCCUGGCCACUGGGCGCCUGAGGCAGCUGGCUCAGGGGCCGCCUACCCCGGCCUGCCCAGAGCUACAAACUGCGACAAGGGCGAGGAGCCUGAGGACUCCGAGGCCACACAAUCGGGGACCCUUGAGGAGCCUGAGCCGGAGCUGGAAGCUGAGGCCUCUAAAGGGGCUGAGCCAGAGCUGGAACCCCAAGUGGACCCAGAACCAGAGCUAGAGGCUGAACCGGAGCCCGAACCAGAUCUGGAGCCGGAGCCUGAACCAGAACCGGACCCGGAGCCUGACUUCGAGGCUGGGGAGGAGUCUGAAGAUUCCUGAUGCCAGAACGCUGACAGGCCCCUUCUGGUCCAAACUGGGUAAGACCUGGGUUCCUGCCACGUGGGUUCACAUGCCACCACCGCGCUCCCUCUGCCCCAGUACUGCUGGACAUUAAUAAACUUGGGAGGGCCAGCUUGGGCUCCCUCUGAGAUUGUCUCUUUGCCCAAGAACUAGGCUUUGGAUCUGUGCCUCUGAGUCCCGAGGAGCUGGGCAGCCUGGUGUCCUGCCGCACAAUCCUCAGCCUCAUCCCGUCAGCAGCCCAAGCUGCACCCCUGGAGCCCACACAGCUAGGCCCCUUGUGGGACAAGACUCUGACCCCUGCUUUAUAACCCGUUUCCCCUCACGAGCCGUUUAAGGACCAGUGUGGUCAGCAGCCCUGACUCCAUGGAGGCUCCUGGAGUGCACCUCAUCUCCUGGUGAGAGAGCAAGAGAAGGGGACUUCUCUCCACUUAGGGAAGGCUAGAGCCCACGGCCUCGGGAAGUGAGACUAGAAGAGAGGAAGGCGAAGGGAUCUUGGGUAGACACAGACCUCACACGUCAUUGUAACUGUUUUAAUUGACUGGUUUUGGUUUCUCUGGACCGGGAGCUCAGUGAGGGUUCUGGCCGGUGUGUAUACACAUUCAUUGACUAAAUGAACAAGAACUUUUCAGCUGCACUUCCAU